GCAACGGGGCCAAAGAGGGAGAUCUGUGGAAGAAGCAGCGCGCCAUGCCGAUCUCUACGAAUGCAGAGGCCUUCGACUCAUCGCCGCCGGCAUCAAGCAGCCGCUUCGAGAGGAACGUGGCUGUGUUCGGCAGCUCCUCCGCUGCUGCAGGAAGCGGAGAGUACGCUCUUGCUGAGGAGAUCGGGGCGCUGCUGGCUCGCCGAGGCUGUCGAGUCAUCAACGGGGGCUACGGGGGUGUUAUGGAAGCGACUGCCAAGGGCGCACGAGAAGCUGUGCCGGACGCGCAAGUGAGAGGUCAGAGAGAAUGAGGGAUAGUGACUGUUCGUUUGCAGUGGUGCAUGCCGUUGAUUCUCGCUGUCAGGCAUCAUCGUUCCGAGCAUCUUUCGCAGGCGACCGAAGCAUGGCAACGACUAUCUGUCGGAUGCCUUUGUGGCGCAGAGUUUGGUGGAGCGGCUCGACCACCUGACAAAUGACGCGCGCGUCUUCAUUGUCCUGCCAGGUCGGUCGCCCUGUCGGUCGCAGGGAGAGAGCCGAUGCACCAACCGGCUGGCUGGUGUGUGUGUGUGUGGUGGUCAUGCAGGCAAGAUCGGCACGCUCACGGAGCUGAUGCUGGUGUGGAAUCAAGCCGACCUCGCGCACCACAUCGACGCGUACGCCGACAAAUGAGGGAGUGAGGGAGUGAGGGAGUCUGUGUGGUUGGGAUGCCUGCUGCAUGUUGUGCUGUUUGCGGGCAGUGAGCCGCCAUUAGUGAUAGCAUUUCGUGAGCCCUUCGAGCCGAUCGUCAUGUGAGCGGGCCGCAAUACACGAGCAUGUUUGCCAGGUGCAUCAUCAUGUCUUCCUGAUGUGUCUGUCUGUGUUUGUGUGUUCCGUCGUGCAGUGUGUGCAUGGAGGCGCUCGAGAUGUCUGAACAGACAAGGGUAGGCAGCAGAGAGGAGGGAGGGAUGCGCUUCGCAUGUUGAGCACAGUCCCUGCCUGCCUGCCUGCAGAGCCUGGUUCGUCUUGUGGAUACGCCUGAGGAGGCUGUGACGCUCGCCGGCGAGUACCUGGAUGAGCGCGAAGAGAGAGCCAAAGCUGUUGAAGGAUCUUGAAAGGACUGCAUGCCUUGCAAUCAAAUCAAAUGGGGUCCAAUGGGACUGAACUGGGACUGGGACCGCAUGCAUCGCACCAAAAG